AUGUCAAACAAACAACAAAUCGUAAUAGUCGGAGCUGGUGUUCUUGGACUUUCAACCGCAUUAGUCAUUUGUGAAAACUUGACCAUUCCCCAUGAAUUAACCAUCAUUGGAGAAUACGGACCUCAUGACCCAUCCAUGAAUGCUGGUUUAUCGAAUUAUGCAAGAUAUACAUCCCCAUGGGCUGGGGCUCAUUUUAGACCAUUCCCAUCGAAAAAUUCUCAAGAAUAUGCUGAGAUGAAAUUAACUAGAUUAACCUUGUCGAAAUUUAAAUCACUUAGUUAUGGUUGUCCUGAAAGUUCGAUUAAAUUUGUCGAGGGGGUUGAAUAUUUGGAAAAUCCUGAUGAGUUUUAUAAAACUGCUGGGAAGGGGUAUUCUGAAGAGAUUGAUAAUUUCACAAGGUUAGAAGAUGUUAAAGAGGGAUAUAUUGGAUUCAAAUAUGAUACCUGGGUACUUAAUGCUCCUAUGUAUUUACAAUUCCUUUAUAGGAAAUUAUUAAUUGAAUAUGAUGUGAAAUUCAUCAAUCAAAAACUCGAAUCCUUGAAACAAGUCAAUGAAUAUAUCCCCAAUCAACCAAUUAUUAUAAAUUGUACUGGGAUGGGAUUACAAUAUAACGGAGGCUACGAUCCGGAAUGUUUCCCAAUUAGGGGACAAACCCUAUUAAUCAACCCACCCAAAGAUUGUCCAUACUUGGAUAAAACAAUCACAUAUCAACAUGCUGAUGGGAAUUGGACAUUUGUGAUCCCCCGACCACUCAAUGGUGGGGUUAUUUUAGGUGGAACAAAACAACCAAAUGAAUGGUCGACCGAAAUUAGACGUGAUGAUACAGAGGCAUUAAAGAAACGAGGUGAAGCAUAUUUCCCGGAAUUAAUGAAGGUUGAUGAAGAUGGCAAGAGGUAUUUUGAUGUUUUGAAAAUAAAUGUUGGACUUAGACCAGCUAGAAAAUCAGGAUUAAGAAUUGAGACUGAGAAAAGAGGGGGGAAUUAUAUUAUUCAUAAUUAUGGAGCUGGUGGGAUGGGAUAUGAAUUGUCGUAUGGGUCUGGAUUGAAGGUGUAUGAGAAUUUGUUGGCCAUUAUUGGAAGACAAUAUAAACUUUAG